AUGGGUGCCUCACCGGACGAGAUGAUCAGCGACUUGACCAAGUCCUCAAAGACCACAUCAUACUUGGUCAGCGUGGUGAGGUGCAACAACCCGGCGCUUGUCGGCAGGAUGCGAGAUGAAGAGUAUUUACACCGCAUCGAUGUUCAUCAGCAGGACCAAACUCUCCGACGUCAUCUCCAACUUGAUGAGCGAGAUCUGGUCGCAUCUCCCCAAGUUACCCUCUACGCAGAGGAGUUUCUUGCUCAAGGGUUUCCGAUCGAGGACGAGUACGACGUCAACCACAACACAAUUAACUAUAACGACUUCUUGGUCAACACAUUCAUCUACAUGUGUUCAAUCACAGACAGGAUCAAGGCCGAGUUAAAGAACACGCACUUCUACUGGGUCGUCGGCACCAGGAACUGGACAGAUUACUACGAGUUCACCAGCCCAAUCGACGAGAACAUAUUCGACCCCGAGGACGAGCUGAUUUCCCACAUUGUAACAAUGGAGGACCAGCUCUUCCUGGGGGCUCGAAUACUCCAUGUCCGAGCUCUGCCCGCGCUUUGA